UCCCGCCUUCUCCCCGCCUUCUUCCCCCCCUCACCCCCCCUGCUCCUUUUUUCCCUGCUCCCCAAGUGAGCCCGGCGCGCGAGAAGCAGGCGGGGCGGCGCGCGGCGAGGCAGGCAGCCCAGCGCGCUUGCCCACCGCCCGCCCGGCGCAGCUCUUCGCUGCCGCUCUUGUCGCCGCCGCCGCCGCCGCCGCUGCCGCCGGCGUGUCGGAAGGAGCCCAGGAUGGCCCGGCUGGGCUCGCAGCGCUGCGCGUCCCGGGGGGCCUCGGCGCUCCUAGCCGCGGCGCUUUUCUACGCGGUGCUGGGGGAUGUGGUGCGCUCGGAGCAGCAGAUCCCGCUCUCCGUGGUGAAGCUGUGGGCCUCCGCUUUUGGUGGGGAGAUAAAAUCCAUCGCUGCCAAGUACUCGGGUUCCCAGCUUCUGCAAAAGAAAUACAAGGAGUAUGAGAAAGAUGUUGCCAUUGAAGAAAUUGAUGGUCUCCAACUGGUGAAGAAGCUGGCUAAGAACAUGGAGGAAAUGUUUCACAAGAAGUCUGAGGCAGUGAGGCGGCUUGUGGAGGCUGCAGAAGAGGCACACCUGAAACAUGAAUUUGAUGCUGACUUGCAGUAUGAAUACUUCAAUGCCGUGUUGAUCAACGAAAGGGACAAAGAUGGGAACUUCUUGGAAUUGGGAAAAGAAUUCAUCUUAGCCCCCAACGACCACUUUAAUAAUUUGCCUGUGAACAUUAGUCUGAGUGACGUCCAGGUGCCAACGAACAUGUACAACAAAGAUCCUGCGAUUGUCAAUGGUGUUUAUUGGUCUGAAUCCCUAAACAAAGUGUUUGUAGAUAACUUUGACCGGGACCCAUCUCUCAUCUGGCAGUAUUUUGGAAGUGCAAAGGGAUUUUUCAGGCAAUACCCAGGGAUUAAAUGGGAACCAGAUGAGAAUGGCGUCAUUGCCUUUGACUGCAGGAACAGGAAAUGGUAUAUCCAGGCAGCAACUUCUCCAAAAGAUGUUGUCAUUUUAGUGGAUGUCAGUGGCAGCAUGAAGGGACUCCGCCUGACCAUCGCCAAGCAAACAGUCUCCUCGAUUCUGGACACUCUGGGCGACGAUGACUUCUUCAACAUCAUCACAUAUAAUGAGGAGCUUCACUACGUGGAACCUUGUCUGAAUGGAACCCUGGUGCAAGCGGACAGGACCAACAAGGAGCACUUCAGGGAGCAUUUGGACAAACUUUUCGCCAAAGGAAUUGGAAUGCUGGAUAUUGCUCUGAACGAAGCCUUCAACAUACUCAGUGAUUUCAACCACACAGGACAAGGAAGCAUCUGCAGCCAGGCCAUCAUGCUCAUAACUGAUGGGGCCGUGGACACCUACGAUACCAUCUUUGCAAAAUACAACUGGCCAGACCGAAAGGUUCGAAUCUUCACAUACCUCAUUGGACGGGAAGCUGCUUUUGCCGACAAUCUCAAGUGGAUGGCCUGUGCCAACAAAGGGUUUUUCACCCAGAUCUCCACCUUGGCUGAUGUGCAGGAGAAUGUCAUGGAAUACCUCCAUGUGCUCAGCCGACCCAAAGUCAUCGACCAGGAGCAUGACGUGGUGUGGACCGAAGCAUACAUCGAUAGCACUCUGGCUGAUGACCAAGGCCUCGUGCUGAUGACCACAGUGGCCAUGCCUGUGUUUAGUAAGCAAAAUGAAACCAGGUCAAAGGGCAUUCUUCUGGGUGUGGUUGGCACAGAUGUCCCAGUGAAAGAACUUCUGAAGACCAUCCCCAAAUACAAGCUAGGAAUUCACGGUUAUGCCUUCGCCAUCACGAAUAACGGAUACAUCUUGACGCACCCUGAGCUCAGGCCACUGUAUGAAGAAGGGACAAAACGAAGGAAGCCUGACUACAGCAGUGUGGACCUCUCGGAAGUAGAGUGGGAGGACCGGGAUGAUGUGUUACGAAAUGCCAUGGUGAAUCGGAAGACAGGGAAGUUUUCUAUGGAGGUGAAGAAGACCGUGGACAAAGGGAAACGGGUUUUGGCGAUGACAAAUGACUACUAUUAUACAGACAUCAAGGGUACUCCUUUCAGUUUAGGUGUGGCGCUCUCCAGGGGCCAUGGGAAAUACUUCUUCCGAGGGAAUGUAACCAUUGAAGAAGGCCUGCAUGACCUAGAACAUCCCGAUGUGUCCUUGGCAGAUGAAUGGUCCUACUGCAACACCGACCUGCACCCAGAGCACCGCCAUCUGUCUCAACUGGAAGCUAUUAAGCUCUACCUCAAAGGCAAAGAGCCUCUGCUUCAAUGUGACAAAGAAUUGAUCCAAGAAGUCCUCUUUGAUGCUGUGGUGAGCGCUCCUAUUGAAGCCUAUUGGACCAGCCUGGCCCUCAACAAAUCUGAGAAUUCUGACAAGGGUGUCGAGGUCGCCUUCCUCGGCACUCGUACAGGCCUCUCAAGAAUCAACCUGUUCGUGGGGGCUGAACAGCUCACCAAUCAAGACUUCCUGAAGGCUGGAGACAAAGAAAACAUUUUCAAUGCAGAUCACUUCCCUCUCUGGUACCGACGAGCUGCUGAACAGCUUCCGGGGAGCUUCGUCUAUUCCAUCCCUUUCAGCACAGGAGCAGUCAACAAAAGCAACGUGGUAACAGCAAGUACUUCCAUCCAGCUCCUGGAUGAACGGAAAUCUCCCGUGGUGGCAGCUGUAGGCAUUCAGAUGAAACUCGAAUUCUUCCAGAGGAAGUUCUGGACUGCCAGCAGACAGUGUGCCUCCCUGGAUGGCAGAUGCUCCAUUAGCUGCGAUGAUGAGACUGUGAACUGUUACCUCAUAGACAAUAAUGGAUUCAUUCUGGUGUCUGAAGACUACACGCAGACUGGAGACUUUUUUGGUGAGGUGGAAGGAGCUGUGAUGAACAAGUUGUUAGCCAUGGGCUCCUUUAAAAGAAUCACCCUGUACGACUACCAAGCCAUGUGUCGAGCUAACAAGGAGAGCAGCGACAGUGCCCAUGGACUGCUGGAUCCCUAUAAGGCCUUCCUCUCAGCAGCCAAGUGGAUAAUGACUGAACUUGUCUUGUUCCUGGUGGAAUUUAACCUGUGCAGUUGGUGGCACUCGGAUGUGACAGCCAAAGCACAGAAACUGAAACAGACCCUGGAGCCUUGUGAUACUGAAUACCCUGCCUUUGUUUCCGAACGCACCAUCAAGGAGACCACAGGGAACAUUGCUUGCGAAGACUGCUCCAAGUCCUUUGUAAUCCAACAAAUCCCAAGCAGCAAUCUGUUCAUGGUGGUGGUGGACAGCAGCUGUCUCUGUGAGUCUGUGGCUCCCAUCACCAUGGCGCCCAUUGAAAUCAGGUAUAAUGAAUCCCUUAAGUGCGAACGUUUAAAGGCUCAGAAGAUCAGACGGCGUCCGGAAUCCUGCCACGGCUUCCAUCCUGAGGAGAACGCAAGAGAGUGUGGGGGUGCAUCGAGUCUCCAGGCCCAGGCGGUCCUGCUGCUGCUCCCUCUGGUUUCGAGUCUCUCCUUGAGGUGACACUGACUCCCGAGAUGUUCUUUUGGCAUGCUAUAAAUCAUGGAUAAACUGUGAACCCAAAUAUGGUGCGACAUAGAGACAAAAGCAUAGGCCAUCAGCAUCUCAUGAUUUCAAACUGUGCGUGAUAGGAACUCUUGCAGAUACAUUGACAAAAAGUUAUCUUUUUACUUUGCCAGUCAUGCCAAUGUGAGUUUGCCACGUGAUCACCCUUCCUCAGACAUGGGGCUAUACUGGAUAGGCAGUGUCCCUUCUGCUCGAAAACCAUGGAAACCAAUUUAAAACUGUGUACUUUUUAAAUAAAGUAUAUUAAAAUCAUAAUCACCUUG